AUGGAAAGGCGUGAGGGGAAGGUAAAACUUGCUUUUAUCACUAAUAAGGCUACUAGAAAGGAAUCAUUGAGGUCAAGAAGGAGAGGGAUAUUAAAAAUGCUUGGCGACUUGUUUACCUUGACUGAGGUUACUGCUUGCGCGAUUAUAAAUGGAGCCAAUGAUAAAAAACCAAAAGUGUGGCCAUCAGAUGAGGUCGUGCACGGUUGUUUGAUGAAUUUAGACAGCGUGCCAGAGAAAGACCGCAUAAGAAAUCAAAUGGAUCAGGAAACUUACCUGUUAGAUAAUAUAAAGAAAAUGAACCCAAAAGGGCAGAAAUACAAGCGUGAGAAUGAUACCAUGGAAAUCGUUCAAAUAUACGGAAAGGCCAUGAUUGGUGAGUGCUAUAUAGAUGAUAUCGAUCGCAAGGAUGUUUUUGAUUUAUAUGCGUUCGCUGCAAAAGAAGGCGACUAUGGUGGUUGGAAUGGCGCUGAAGACUCUCAAGAUGGUGAUUCAGAUGUUGGAGACUAUUAUCAAAAUCAAGAUGGUGGUGCUGAUAAUAUUAAUUCUUACAUUAAUCUUUUUGGUGGCGAAGAUGUUGAUAGUGAGAUCUCUGGUGGUUCUGAGAAUGGUAUGGAAGACUAA